AUGAUGGAACCUGAGGCCAGAAGAGGAGAAAGGCCCAUCUACAGAAAGCCAUAUCUAGCUUAUAUUGGUCAAAUACCUCUAUCCGUGGGCUUUAAGGUACCAAACUUCACCUUGUUCAACGAAGAGGACACCCAUGCUUCAUCAGUUGAGCAUAUAGGCAGAUUCUCUGUCCAGUGCAUAGCCAUAGAAAAUAAUCCUCUACUAAAACUAAGGCUUUUUGGAAAUUCUCUCUCUGGACAAGCCUUCACUUGGUAUACUAGCUUACUAGCCAAUUCUGUUCAAACUUGGGAACAUAUGGAAAAUGUCUUCCACGACUAUUAUUUCAGGAUUCAACCAGAAGUCACCAUCAGUGAUCUUGUUGCCCUCAAACAAAGUGAAGAUGAGCCUGCCCAAGACUUCAUAACCAGGUUCAGAAAGCUCAAAAUGAAAUGCUGA